AUGAGAAAUCUAACAGUACAUAAUGAUGUUCCUGCAAGGGAGGGGGAUAGAGAAGAAUCCAGUUUUCCAGCGUUCCCAGAGAAAAUGAAAGUUAUGAAAGGUCUUCAACAACUUGAUCUAGGGCGUUUCUCUGUGCCAAGUUGGAUAAGUGGAUUGGAAAAUCUGAUAGAACUUUAUUUGGUCAACUGCAGUGAUUAUUCAUCGCUCCAAAAGAUGCCCAAAUUACAACUAUUGGUGUUGGUGAAUGAUUCGAAAUGCAGAGAACUGCCAAAGAACUUUGGAGAGAGUGGGGGAUUUCCUAAGCUAGCUAAGCUGCUCAUUGAAGACUUCCCUCUUUUGGAGGAGUUGCCGGCGUUGGAAGAGGGGGCGAUGCCACGUCUGGAAUUCCUAGGAAUAAGGAAUUGUCCGUUGGUGAAGAGAGUUCCGGAGGGAUUGGAGCGGUUGAGGAGACUAAAGGUGAUAAGGGUUGUUAAAGGGGAGGCAAGUGGUGAGUUAGAGGAGAGGUUAAAGGAAGAUUGGAAUAAAAUCAAAGCUAACAAUCCCCGCAUCCAGAUCUUCUUCAGUUAA